AUUACUAUGUAUGUUGCUUCACUUUGCAGCAACCUUGACAUAAGAGAGCUCGCUGCACACUCCGGCGCUCUCACUAUACCAUUACUUCGGUAAAAUUUCCCUGCCUUCGUGGAAGUAUAUUAAUUGCAUAUAUCACUACUUCGAAGCAGAUGUUACACAGCCCUAAGCUCGGAACAAUAAGAUAUGGAGCCUGGAAUUAGCCGGGCUGUUCUCUGCUUUUGCAUUUCUUUUCUCAUAAAUUUCAGCCAUGGAAAUCUCGACUAUGAAGUUGCAGGUGUUCAUCGUGUUCCUGUCAAAAUACAGCUUCCUACUGGGCCAUUGGUUGAAAGCUCACCAGGUGUAAAACCUGGGACUAUCAUAGCUGGUGAACGGGUCUGUAUUCCUGGCCUAAAAAGAUUUCAAAAUCUCAAGAAAUAUGCACAUUCACGCAGAGUACGUGUGCAAUAUUCAGAAGGGCUAUCAAAAACACAUCCAAAGAUUGAACUAUGUCUGCAUAGGAAUGCGACUCUUGGAUUGGUGCAAUGUAAACAACAUGAGUGGAAAUCACUUGAGAAGGGUUUAUGGACUGGUGUUAUGUCACCUUAUGAGACAACAUUUAUUGAUAUCAGGAUGCCAGAUACAUUAUUUGGUUCACUAACAUUUUCAGUUGAAGAAGAGUUCCAACAAUAUCGCUUGAUUUUUUUGGGCUUUGCUCUGCUGAUGCUAUUUUUGGCACCUAUUGUGAGCAAGUGGGUACCUUUUUACUACAGCAGUGCAAUGGCAUUCGGUGUCAUUGUUGUCAUUUUAAUUAUAAUUUUCCAGGGUAUGAAGAUGCUUCCAACAGGGAGGAAAAGCUCAUUAUAUCUUCUUUUAUAUGGAUCAGUUGUCGGCCUUGGAUCUGUUAUUCUACGUUACAUAUCAGGGUUGGUUCAUUCUGUCCUUCAGGAAUUUGGCUUUGGCGAGGAAUUAUUCAAUCCUGUGGCAGGCCUUCUGCUGCUAUGUAUCGUUCUUGCAGGAGCAGGCUUAGGUCAUUGGGGAGUGAGAAAACUAGUACUUUCAGAAGAUGGGACUGUAGAUAGAGGCACAUCUCUGUUUGUUGCAUUUGCGAUUCGGAUAUUAGCAGCUACUAUUAUAUUUGAGAGUUCCUGUGAUUCGCUGUUGUCGUUGCUGAUGGUUAUAGUUGGAGCAUUCAUUACAUUUUGGACUCAUAUUUUGGAGUACUUUUUACAUAUGCAACCUACUUUUUUGCAUUCCAAGGAGAGGGAUAAAUCAUUAAGAAGUAAGAAGCACAGCUCAAGAUGGGCUAAAAGUUCUUAUCUGAACAAUCAUCAAGCUCAAUUCUUGAGCAGGUUUCCAAAGGAAGAUGCAGAUCUUCUAAAAUCUCAAACAGCCUUGAAGUGGGGUUCAUAUAAUCCACAAAUUGCUGGUUCAUCUUUGGUUGCACCCAAGAAUACUCCAUCUCCAGUUUCAUAUGCAUCAGGGUCAUCUUUAGCUGCAUCCUUUAAAACUCCAUCUCCUACGUCACAUAUGGCUGGAUCAUCUAUGGUUCGUCGUAUAAAUACUCCAUCUUCAUAUGCUGAGUUUGAUGAGCAAGAAUAUUAUUCUACAUUCCACGAGACACCUGCAAGGAAGCAUUUCUCAAAGAAAGAAUGGGAGGAUUUUACCAAAUUUUCCACUAGGAAAGCUUUAAGAGAUUUGGCUUCCUCUCCGGAGUUUACAGAGUGGUCUCUUGAUAAUGCUGACAGAAUAAUGAUAAGUCCGGCUGAUAGUAGGAAAGACAGAUAUUAUAGUGACAGUGAUUCUGAAGAUUCUACAGAAGAAGAGCGUAGCAGUGGUGGUGGUUGGUUUUGGUAAGCAAAGAUUUGGAGAAAGUUUUCGUUGGCCAUUCUACUCCAAAUUGAGAUGUGCAAAGCAAUUGGUGCUGAUUUUGCAGCGUCAUAGUGAAUUAAAUAUUUCACUAUGUUGUUAAAUGGGAUUACAUUAACUGUGAAUCCAAACAUUUUGUACAGUAGAACUUUUUUUUUCCCUACUUCUGGAAAUUCAGUCUUAGCAACCUGGAAACUGCAGCAGGGUGAAUUUUGUACAAAUGUAUUUGAAUAGUGUAAUAUUUUUUUCAUUUUAGAAAAAAUUAUAAGAUCACCAUGGAAAUUCGAAUAGACGUAUUUCCAAUUUGAGAAUAGUUUGGCAGAUCUGGAUUUAGACGCUGUGUAAUAUAAACCCAAGAAGACCCAAGAAGACUAACAUAUAGUAAUGCCAAAGUUUUUUGCAUGCA